AUGCUGUCCGCCAUCUGGGACAUCAUGGUCACAGUAGCAAAGCCCCUAGGCUAUACGCUAGGCUCUGCCUUUGCCAUCCUCGCACUCCUCUCCCCGCGCUCUCAAAAGGCCCGCUUCUACCUCAACCUCGUUCUCUACGUUGGCUCGCUGGGCGUUUGCUCCAUUUAUGGUGUCAUCGUUUCAAUACUCAUGGGACUGGUAGGACAGCGUCUCAAUGUCAACUACGUCGUCGCUCGCUCCUUCUACCUCCUCGCGGGAACGCUCACGGGCGUGCGAUUCUCCGUGUCGGGCGAGGAGAACUUUGCGAAAGCUCGGCCAGCUGUCCUUGUAGGGAAUCAUCAGACGGGUAUGGACAUCUUGUACUUGGGCAGAAUAUUCCCCAAGAUGGCCAGCAUCAUGGCUAAGCAGGAGCUCAAGUUCGCUCCGCUGUUGGGACAGUAUAUGCUGUUCAGCGGGGCCGUCUUCAUUGACAGAAAGAAUCGUCAUGACGCUGUCAAGUCUUUCAACCAGGUGGGAGACGCCAUGAAGAGGAAGAAACUCUCCCUCUGGAUCUUCCCCGAAGGCACCCGAUCGAAGCUCCCAGUCCCUGACCUCCUCCCAUUCAAGAAGGGCGCGUUCCACCUCGCCGUCCAAGCACAAGUUCCCCUCGUGCCCGUCGUGUGCGAAAACUAUCACCGCUUGUUCGACAAUCGCAGCCGAUUCGAGGGAGGGACCAUCCGCAUCAAGGUGCUGGAGCCGAUUGAGACAAAGGGAUUGGGCAAGGACGAUGUUAAUGAGCUGACGGAGAAGGUCAGGAAGGCAAUGCUGACUGCAUUGGUGGAAAUGGACAGGGAGCGCGAAUCCUUUGACAUUUCGACCGCUUCCUCUUCUACGGCAGGAGAGCGCCCAUCCCGCGUCGACCCCUCUGCCUCGUCCGUCCCCGCAAACCUCGCGCAAGGCGAGAUGGGUCUUGGCGGUGUUGCUGGCCUGAUGGCCAAGAUUGUAGGCACUGGAAAGGGCAAAGACUAUGUCAAACGUGCGCAGAGGCAGGAAGAUGAGCUGAGAAAGAAAGGAACGAGUGGACAGCAGCCAGAUGAUUAUGGGCUGGUCAGUGAGGCUGAGAGGGCAGGCAGAAGUACUGCCGUCGGCGAUUCGGCGGGCGCUGGGUCGCAGCAGAGGAGGCCGGCUGCGUCACAGGAUGAUGUCGAGGGAAGUGGUGUGCUGGUUGAGGCGCCGCAGACCAAAUGAGCAGGACGUGCGUCAGCGGGGAGCAGCAUAGGAUAGCUCAUCAGAAGAGGUUGAGAAGGCAGUAAUGUAGCGGCACAACACCACUAAUACCGUUUGGGUCACGAAGGAAUGGUAUACAGAUUGGAAUCGACAGAGAACCAAACAAG